AUGGGGACUGAUCUGAAAGCUGGUUGGAUCAAAAACUUAAAGCAGGAGAACAAGGUUAGCUUUGUUGCAAUACAGGAGACGCAAAUCGACGAGGUUAGUCCCGAGUGUGUUUCUAAGUUUUGGGGAGGUCCUAAUUUUUGUAUGGAAUAUGUGGGUGCUUUGGGUAGAUCUGGGGGAUUAUUAUGCAUGUGGGAUCCGUUGGAGCUUAACGUUGUUAAUAUUUACGCUCCGCAUAGGGUUUUGGAUAAAAGGGCUUUGUGGAAUUGUUUGUUAGAUGUUAUAAGCUCGGGAAAUGGCCAAUGGGUUCUGCUUGGCGAUUUUAAUGCGGUCAGGUUUUCGGAGGAAAGAAAGAAUUCCGUCUUUAAUAUUGCUUGUGCUAGGGAUUUUAAUGACUUUAUUGACUCGUCAGGACUGGUGGAAUACAGUAUGAGAGGUUGCAAGUUUACCUUCCUAGCCCCUAAUUCCAAUAAACAUAGCAAACUUGACAGGGUGUUGGUUUGUAAAGGUUUUUUUGAAGUUUGGCCGGAUGCUUGCCUUAGGGCUCUUCCUAGGUUACAUUCUGAUCAUUUUCCAUUGAUCCUUGUCGUUACACGGAAUAACUUUGGGGAAAAACCUUUUAGGUUUUUCAACUCGUGGUUAGAAAAGGAGGGAUUUGACGACAUUGUGGAGAACGCGGUGAAUUCUUAUGUUAGGGUUGGAGAUCGCAGAUGUGGUUUUAACCAAUAA